CGUCCGCCUUCCGCCACCGGAUUGGCUGUGCCCCGGGACUGAGGCCCCGCCCAUUUCCCCGGGUCCUUUGAUCACGCGCCUGCCGGCUCUUCCGGGGCCUGGGAGCCAAACGAGGGCGUUCCUGUCCGGGCUGCGGCGGCGGGAGGAGCGGCCCGACACCCGCCCCACCUCGGCAGGUCCCCUCGACCAUGGGACGGUGUGCAUGCGACUGGGCAAGCUCGGUGCCCCCACGGACACCGGGACAGGGAGCCCAGUGGAGGCGCCCUCCCGAGGCACUACUGCCCAUGCUGAGCACCCAGCCCGGCGGCUGCCGAUGUCAUGAGUAACACUACGGUGCCCAGCGCCCCUCAGGCCAACAGCGACUCCAUGGUGGGCUAUGUGCUGGGGCCUUUCUUCCUCAUCACCCUGGUCGGGGUGGUGGUGGCUGUGGUAAUGUAUGUCCAGAAGAAAAAGCGGGCCGACCGGCUCCGCCAUCACCUGCUCCCCAUGUACAGCUACGACCCCGCCGAGGAGCUGCACGAGGCUGAGCAGGAGCUGCUCUCUGAUGUGGGCGACCCCAAGGUGGUACAUGGCUGGCAGAGUGGCUACCAGCACAAGCGGAUGCCCCUGCUGGAUGUCAAGACCUGACCUGCCCCCCUGCCCUGCUCUCCAGAAUCAUGGGGUCUUGGGAGUGCCUGGGGCCUGCAGCUUCCUUCCCCACUUGCACCCCCCCCCCCCCCCCCCCCCCCCCGGCCCCUGGCUGGGAACUGGGUCUCCUCUCCCCUCCCAUCCAGCCCUGGCAGCUCACUCCCCGCCUCCCCCGCCCGCCCACAGGCCUUGUCUUUGGUGGGCCGAGCCUCCCACCGGCUCCCCGGGCUAAUGAAAAGUUUUUCCUGCCCAGUUGGGUGGUUGGAGACAUUUUCCUGGGCACCACCUUUCUCUUGAGCCCUCCCCAACCUGGCUUUGGAUUUGUUUCCAUGGUGACAGGGCCGAAUGUAUAGUAUUCAGUAUAUAUAUUUUGUAAAUAAACUGUUUUGUGGCUA